AUGAAUCGUGGACCCAUCGUUCUGACCAUAGAUGAGGCUGAAUUCCUAUUGGACCAAGUCCCUCCCCCGGAUAAAGAUGAAGACCCCUUAGUAACCAAGCUCAGGCUGAAGUUAAGACAAUUACUUAGUCAGCUCCGUGAUGGCGCAGAAGGCGUGUCCAAAAAGGACUAA